AUGGCGCAGUGGCCGACCACCUGUUUGGGCAUGACAAUGCGAACAUCGCAUGAUAAUCGCACUCAGCUGUUCGCCCAUCAAUUUCAUGUCACUGUCAAGGUACUUUGGCCUGUCAACCGUGCAUGUGCUUGGUACCUCCCACAGAUACACAGCCUUUCGUGCAUUUUGUCAGAGUGCGUGCUCGUUAAUGGUCUGGGCUUGAGAGGUGAUCUACUCCCGAUUGCCUCCAUGUUGCCUAGCUUUCGUCGUAGCUUUGAAUUUACUGAGCUCGGAAUCCCGCCGCGACAUGAAACUGAAACCGUCCAACACAUCGUUUAUCCUGAAGGACAGACGUGGGAAGUUACAGCUAAGCGAAUGGUCGGGAAAAUCCCAUCCAGUUUCCUCGAUUUUGGCAGAUCCACGGAACAUGACCCAGGAGAACCACUCCACAGACAGACCGGUUCUCAUCGACCAUCAUCUGGGUUCCCACCUGCCAGUAGCUCAUGGGGUGCGGGACCACCCGUUCCACACACACAUGGAGACGAGAUUUUCAAGGGGUCAUCUACUUGCAGGUACACUCGGGAGUCGACGGGCGUUGAGCGUUCGUUUCCUGUUGACCGAGUGAAGAGGCCUAGCAAACUGAGACAUUGCAUGGCCGCUGGAACCGGUAAAGUGGCAGGCGAGAAGGUUCCAUUCAGGUGCUUGGCAACCGAGAUAGUCGGGAGGGGGAAGGCGGAGAAUUCUGGCUACGGGAUUCGCCCAGUAGCAGGCCCCUCCGCAUGCUGCAUCGUGGCUCUUCCACUCUACUGCAAUCAUCGUGAGUGGAUCGAGUGGGGAUCUGGAAGACGAGGAAGGCCACUCGAUGCAGGAAUCGCUCGGAAGAAAAAAGGUUAUCCUGCCGCCAGACCAGUUAGGCUAGCUAGAGAGGUACCGAAGGAAAUCAGAUCAUUAGACAGGAAGUGCAGUAGGCACCGCAGCACGGAGGGCUAG